AUGUACAGGAACAUCUGUGGAUUAGAAGUCCCCAAAUCCCAUGAGGCCACACCACCAAAAAUGGCUGAGAACAACAGAGCUAAGUUCCUGUGGGACUUCAGGUUCUGGACUGACAAGCAGCUGCUGUCUAGCCAGCCAGACAUCGUGGUGGUUGACAAGGAGCAGAGAAGGGCAGUUGUGAUAGAUGUGGGAAUCCCAUCUGACAGUACCAUCAGAGAGAAGGAGCACAAAAAUCUUGAGAAGCACCAGGCGCUGAAGGCACAACUGGACCAGAUGUGGAAGGUGAGGGCCAAAGUGGUCCCAGUGGUAACAGGAGUAUUAGCAGCUGUGGCCCCAGACUGGAAGAGUGGCUCCAGCAGAGAGUGCAGUCCCAGAAACACUAAAUACUGCACAGAACCCUCAAACUCCCUGGCGUCUGAAUUCCUCUUUGGCUCAAUGGACAAGUGGAAGAAACUCAGAAGGAAGUUUGUCUUCCUCUCUAUUGGUAUCUUUAUCUUAACGGUAGUGAUUGUGAUAUUGCCUGGGAAAUACAGGACCGUCCCACAGCCAAUCAGAAACCUGCGUCAGGUCUCAAACUCUUGUCCCCAGCAGAUAUCUGACCAGACCAUCACCCCCCUCAAGAAUACCAAGCACCUGCUGGUGUCAGCCUACGUGGACCAGAGGGUGAAAGAUUUUGAUAUCCGGAUCAUUAGCAUAUUAAGAAGAGACUCCAUCCAGCCGCUUCACUGUCUUUUCUGCUGUGCAGGCCAGUUAUCAGCCACAACAACUCAAGCAAAAGUUAAAGAACUUGCGGACAACUUUGGUUUUCCCUUUGCCACCGCGAGCAUCAUGUGUCAGAUUCCUCAGAACUGCAGCGCGACCCAUGUCAGUCUUCUGACUCAGCCAGAUAGUGCGAAGGCAUCGGCGCAGAUUUGGCUCCCCAUAAGAAACCAGAAGACCGGCGAGAAGGACGGGAAAAAGAUGCAGUUUGACUUUACAGUCUGCAUCUCUAACCUGUUUGAAUUCAACAACGCACUUCAGUAUGCACAGACCCUGGAGAUGUACAGGUUGCUCGGUGUAGACAGAGUGGUGAUCUAUAACACCAGCUGUGGCCCAGACCUCAACCGCCUGUUGCAGAGCUACAGCCAGGAGGGCUUUGUGGAGACGGUUCCUUGGCCCAUCAACCAGCAUCUGAAUGCGUCUCGUGGCUGGCUGUUCUCGAAGUACGGAGGGGACGUGCACUACUUUGGCCAGUUAGCCACACUUAAUGAGUGCAUUUACAGAUCCAUGGACCGAUCCCGCUACGUCCUGUUGCAUGACAUCGAUGAGAUUAUGAUGCCAUACCAACACAACAGCCUAAAACCUCUCAUGGACACGCUCCAACAGCAGCAUCCAAAAGUCGGGGUGUUCCUCGUUGAAAACCACAUUUAUCCCAAGAAACCCUUUGAGGAAAGUAAAACGGGUCCCCUGCCUAAAUGGAGAGGGGUGCCAGGCUUUAAUAUUCUGGAGCACAUCUAUAAGUGGGAGCCCGACCAAACGGCAGAGUACCAUCCAUACAAGCUGAUUGUUCAGCCAAGAAUGGUGGAGCACACUUCAGUGCAUCAAGUGCUUGAGAAGUUUGGAGAGCAGUUCAAGAUUCCACCGGAGUUGUGCCACAUUAUCCACUCUCCACUGAGCACCCCCACGGUUCAGCCGCUGGAGAGGAUCCAGGUGGACACCCGACUGUGGGACUUCAGACACAAGCUCAUCCCGAACGUGAACCACAUGCUGAGGAGAGUGGGGCUGCUGCGGCCAAUUAGCUGA